AUGGCUCAUACUUCAUGCACUUCUGGCGAAUUCUUCAUCAGUUACGCCGUUGCGAAUCCAUUACGAAACUCGGGAAAACCGAUUAAGACAUGGACAAGCGUUACGAAAACGUCAAAAAAGAACUCAAACGAGGCAGCACUACCACCGCUACCACCACCAAGCAAAUUACACGACGACAUCGUGAUUAAUUGCAUAACUGAAUUAGAGCGUGAUGCGUACAUUAUUGAGCUAAGAGUUGAGAAUUGUAAAACUCGUCUCCAAUUCCUUUCUAAACACUUAUGCUUGUUGUACUCCACCGUUCCUCUCCUUAUUGCGACGAAGGCGACAUCAAUGGGAGCAUGGCAGUCAAGAAUGGAAAUCCCUCAAGAAUACACCUCGCACGACGGCCACAAAAAACCUCUACUGAUUAGUCAAUCGGAUAUGGAAAAAAUCAUCAAGGAUCAACUCCAGGGAAUUGAAGAAUUCUUCGAUACUCUUCGACAAUUAAAAUCCGAUUGCCUAACCCAAGAACGAACGCUGCAGGAAACAACUCAGAAAGAGAUCCUGAACGCUAUAAAGACAAUGGAAGAAACAAUGAAGCAAAUGCACGGGAAAAUCGAACGUUUGGAAGCAGUUCAGAACGCGCCACGCCCAGAAAUGGCUUCCGUCGCAAUCGAAGCUAGAAUAAAUGAAGAACGAGCAAUAAUAGCAAACAACGCCGAAUUCAUGGAAACAGCCGAAGCCGACGAAGACAUGGAAGACGAAGACGCAGCGCUUGAUAGAGAGAUUGAAGCGUUGGAAGCCGACUUAGAAGAAGUCAGCCGUCACAGACGCGAACUCGCACGCAAAAGGACGUGUCGCCCCCGAGAAUACAGGUCAGGUGUUUAUCGUCGUGAAGAACGACAGAUGCGCUGUGUUUUUUGCGGAACGGACGCCAUUAACUCAGAAUAUGCGCCGUAUCCGACA